UAAUUGUAAAAUAACAAUAAUCAAACAGUGUGGUGUGAAUCUUGUGGUGGAACUUGCAGGACAACAAUUAGUGACUCACUCACUGCCAUGUUUUCCAGCCUGGGACGUUUGUGUCAUACUCAACCAGGAACUUACGUCGUGCUGCUUGACAGUGGCGACGGGCAGGGUUUGAAUCUGUUUUAUUUCGGGUCCUACUAGACUCCAACAUGGAGCCCACCAAUCUACAGAAAGCUAUAGCGGUGGCACAGAAGGCAGCACAGGAAGACCAGGCCGGCAACUAUGAGGAGGCCAUUCGCUCUUACAAACACGCUGUCAAGUACUUUUUACACAUUUUAAAUCGUGAGCCCCAGGGUAAAGAUGGCAAUCAGAAAAUCAGAGACAAAUGUAAGGAGUACCUGGACCGAGCGGAAGAACUACAGGAGUACCUAGUCUAUAAAGAGAAAGCCAUCGAUCUCGCCAGCAAGGCGGCUCAAGAGGAUAAAGCCCAGAACUAUGAGGAGGCCCUGCGAAUGUACCAAGCCGCUGUCCAGUACUUCCUCCAUGUGGUUAAAUACGAAGCACAAGGUGACAAAGCGAAACAGAGCAUUCGAGCCAAAUGUGCCGAAUAUUUGGACAGGGCAGAGAAGCUGAAAGAGUAUCUCAAGAAAAAAGAGAAGGCUCCCGCUAAACCCGUCAAAGAGUCACAAUCUGAUGACAAAGGGAAUGAAAGCGAUGACGGUGAUGAUCCAGAGAAAAAGAAAAUGCAGAAUCAAUUGUCAGGUGCUAUUGUAAUGGAGAAGCCAAACAUCAAGUGGGAUGAUGUUGCGGGAUUAGAAGGGGCCAAGGAGGCCCUGAAAGAAGCUGUGAUCCUUCCAAUCAAAUUCCCUCACCUAUUUACAGGAAAGAGAACUCCAUGGAGAGGGAUCCUACUCUUUGGACCACCAGGAACAGGAAAGUCCUAUUUGGCUAAAGCUGUCGCCACAGAAGCAAACAAUUCAACCUUCCUGUCUGUCUCCUCGGCUGAUCUCGUGUCCAAAUGGUUGGGAGAGAGCGAAAAGUUGGUCAAGAAUCUGUUCGCCCUGGCGAGGGAACACAAGCCUUCCAUCAUCUUCAUUGACGAGAUUGACUCUCUGUGUGGCUCCAGAAGUGAGAAUGAGAGCGAGGCAGCGCGUCGUAUCAAGACAGAGUUUCUGGUGCAGAUGCAAGGUGUUGGAAAUGAUAAUGAAGGAGUGCUGGUGCUCGGGGCAACAAAUAUUCCAUGGACCCUAGACUCUGCCAUCAGAAGAAGAUUUGAGAAGAGGAUCUACAUUCCACUGCCGGAAGAGCAUGCACGCUCCUUCAUGUUCAAGCUCCACCUGGGUUCCACCCCCAACAGUCUCACCGAAUCUGAUUUUAUCACAUUGGGCAAGAAAACAGACGGCUACUCAGGCGCAGAUGUCAGUAUCAUCGUAAGAGACGCUCUAAUGCAGCCAGUUAGAAAGGUCCAGGCAGCCACUCACUUUAAAAGGGUGAAUGGGCCGUCGAGAUCUGAUCCCAAAAUGGUUGUACAUGACCUCUUGACUCCUUGUUCACCGGGGGACCCCAAUGCUAUUGAAAUGACAUGGAUGGAUGUCCCUGGAGAAAAGCUUAUGGAACCUGUAGUUUGCAUGUCUGACAUGCUGAGAUCUCUGUCCAACACCAAGCCAACUGUCAAUGAACAAGAUCUGGAUAAACUGAAAAAAUUCACAGAGGACUUUGGACAAGAAGGCUAGUUUCAUCAUUUUGAACUGGGCCAAACCAAAGCAAAAGAAUUGCAAUGUUAUAUUUACUGUUUUUUUUUCCCUGUCUCAUCUUAAACUAUUCACUAUGCCUUGAAGUUCGUAGAGCACGAUUUCUACAACUUUUAUUCGUACUCGGCCUUCAACAUACCGUAAAAGACCUUUAGCAUCAUAACAUCAUUAGGAAUUUGGAACGAUGUUGAACUUAUGCACUUCAGGUGGUGAUGUCAAAAAUACCAAGGCUACACACAGUUCUUGUCACUAGACCAAUAAAUGUCCCACUUUCUCUAUUUUGUAUUAAUAAGCAACAAGCAUUUUAUAUAAUAUACUCUAUUUUGUGGAACAUAUUCAUAGGCUAGGUGAGUGAAGCAGCAUGACUAUAUACAAUUUCUUGUAAUGUGCGUAUAGUCUCAAGGUGGUAAGUAUACUAUAGGGAUUUAAGACUAUAGAAGUACUCUAGAUGAGAGCUACAUUCGAGACUACCGCUGUUUUAAAUUCUUGUCUUGGAGAUUCACAACAAUUGUGCAUCAUGUUCAUUACAGCUAUUAGGAAGGAAUCACCAAAGGUGCCAGGCCAGCAUAAUAAUGUUCAACAUAUUUAAGGACUCCAAAGUGUGUUGCCCAGUUUGUCUUUUUAUCACAUUCUACUGAACGUUUCAUGUUUUUAUCAAUAUGAACCAAUGCUGGCUAUUAACUGCUAAAAAGCCUUAUAGAAAGAUGACGUUGUGCAUUACCUUAAGUACAUCUUCGAUUAAAAGUGACAUCAUACAUCCUGUGCCUUCUAGAGAAGCUGCAAUGUUUAUUUUUAUAUCACUUUCUCACAAUUGCUCCUAGUGCUUUGGCGACAAGUACAUUGUCACUACAACUAAAAGAUGUGUAUUACUUGCACAAAUAAUGUAUGCUCUCGGACAGAAUGUACAACUCUUGCUUCUACAGUGUGCAUACUUUCUUUGAGUUGUGAUGGGGAAUUUUUCACUGUAAAGAUUAUAUACAAAUGGAAAACAAAUUGAUUUUUUUUGGUCUUUUUAAGAGGUCAGCUUUGCUUGUUGUACUUCCGUUUUUCGUUUCUGAAAUGUAAAUAAAAAUACAUA